ACUCUCCUCUGGAGGGGUUUGGCACCAGCACCCCGCCCAGAGCCGUGCCGCUGCCCAAAUCCUCGCAGGCAGCUCAUCAAAGCAUUUGCAGCUCUGAGCAGAGCUCUAGAUCUGCGAGCCUGGGUGUCCGUAGGUCUGUCUGCCCGGCCAUCUGCUAGUGGCACCCCUCCUUCCUACCACCUCCUUCCUCAGCCCCACCUUGUAGAAGCACGGCUUGCCCUCUACGGCCUGAGAGCUCAGAAUGAGUCCCACAGGCUUCAGGAACUUCUUGCUGUUGGCAUCCUCCCUUCUCUUUGCUGGAUUGUCAGCUGGUCCUCAAAGCUUCUCGCCAUCUCUGAGGAGUUUGUCCGGUAUCGCCUGCAGGCUGUCCCGGGCAGAGUCAGAGCGCCGCUGCAGGGCACCAGGGCAGCCCCCAGGGAGCGCUCUGUGCCAUGGCCGUGGCCGGUGUGACUGCGGAGUCUGCAUCUGUCACGUGACCGAGCCAGGCAUGUACUUCGGGCCUCUCUGUGAGUGCCACGAGUGGGUGUGCGACACCUAUGAUGGGAAGACUUGUGCAGGUCACGGCAAAUGCGACUGUGGCAAGUGUAAAUGUGAUGAAGGAUGGUCGGGGGAAGCAUGCCAGUACCCAACCAAGUGUGACCUGACCAAGAAACAAAGUAACCAAAUGUGCAAGAACUCUCAAGAUAUCAUCUGUUCUAAUGCAGGUACAUGUCACUGUGGCAGGUGUAAGUGUGAUAAUUUAGAUGGAAAUGGACUUGUUUAUGGUAAAUUUUGUGAAUGUGAUGACAGAGAAUGCAUAGAUGAUGAAACAGAAGAAAUAUGUGGAGGCCAUGGAAAGUGUUACUGUGGAAACUGUUACUGUGAGGCUGGUUGGCAUGGAGAUAAAUGUGAAUUCCAGUGCGACAUCACCCCCUGGGAGAGCAAGCGAAGAUGCACAUCUCCAGAUGGCAAAAUCUGCAGUAACCGAGGGAUUUGUGUUUGUGGUGAAUGUUCUUGCCAUGAUGUUGAUCCCACGGGGGACUGGGGAGAUAUUCAUGGAGACACCUGCGAGUGUGAUGAAAGGGACUGUAGAGCUGUUUAUGACAGAUAUUCUGAUGACUUCUGUUCAGGUCAUGGACAGUGUAAUUGUGGAAGAUGUGACUGCAAAGUAGGUUGGUAUGGUAAAAAGUGUGAACACCCACGUUCCUGCCCACUGUCAGCCGAAGAGAGUAUCAGGAAGUGCCAGGGAAGCUCGAGUCUGCCUUGCUCUGGAAGGGGUAAAUGUGAAUGUGGCAAAUGUACUUGCUACCCUCCAGGAGAUCAAAGGGUGUAUGGCAAGACCUGUGAGUGUGAUGAUCGCAGCUGUGAAGAUCUCAGUGGUGUGGUCUGUGGAGGCCAUGGCACAUGUUCCUGUGGUCGCUGUGUUUGUGAGAAGGGAUGGUUCGGGACACUCUGCCAGCAUCCGCAGAAGUGCAACAUGACGGAAGAACAAAGCAAGAGUUUGUGUGAGUCAGCAGAUGGCAUGUUGUGCUCGGGAAAGGGUGCUUGUCACUGUGGAAAGUGCAUUUGUUCCACCCAGGAAUGGUAUGUUUCAGGGGAACUCUGCGACUGUGAUGACAGGGACUGUGACAAGCAUGAUGGUCUCAUUUGUACAGGGAAUGGAAUAUGUAGCUGUGGAAACUGUGAAUGCUGGGAUGGCUGGAAUGGAAAUGCUUGUGAGAUAUGGCUUGGCACAGACUAUCCUUAACAGUUCCACAGGAGAGGACUGGAAUCUUCAUGUUUUUAGGCCAUUAGAACAUAUGCAUGCCAAGGAAACCAUGUAUAAUCACCACUAGAACAGGUCAAACAGACUAUUGUAUGUUUUUCUAUUUCUGAAUGCCUAGAUGAAAUUUGGCCACCCAUUAGAAAUAAGUUCAGCAAACUCUGAUACAGAUAGCACUAGAGAGAAUUUUUCCCCUACAAUUAUAUCAGUGGUUCACAACCAGGACAAUUUUGCCCAGAGAAGAUAUUUGGGAAUGUUUGCAGACAAUUUUGAUUUUUACACUGG